GCGCGCAUUUCUCAACGGCCGGCAGAGCGCGGUGGUUUUGAACCAGAUCCGCUCGCACCCAGCCGCCGUUCUCCGCGAUCGUUCCUCGUUUCCCCCCUCUUUCUCGUCCCGAGCAAAGCCGGCGCUGGUCGCCGCAGCAGCGAGUAAUGGCAGAGGCUUUGAUGCCCUCAGAUGUGUUCUUCUCCGACUUGGACAUUUUAUGCAAUGAAACCAAAAGGAAGGUUUUGGAGGUUAAAAGGAUUCUUCAAUUUAGAAACAUAGAUUACAAACCAUCCAUUAGAUAUGGGGUCUUUAAAAUAAGACAGCAGAUGAUCAUCUUGCAUGAUAUCCUGAGUAAAAUGGAAUCUGAAGUUCAACGAAAUGUAAAACUGAACGCAUCGCUAAAUGAGCUCCAGGAGGCUGCUGAGGGUCAAGAACGUCAAGCACAGUACUUCAUGGAAAAAGUACUUCCUAAUCGUGUGUGCCAGGACUGUGUCCCUAAGCAAAGUGAGAAUCGUGAUGAGCACCAGCUAAUCCAAGAAACAAAACUUAGAAAACCUACAAAACCAGCAGUAUUACCUGCCAAAGUGCCUGCAAAAACCUCAAGAAAUCCUGGCCAGGUUCCUGUUGUCCCUAAGCAAAGUGAGAAUCGUGAUGAGCACCAUCUAAUCCAAGAAACAAAACUUAGAAAACCUACAAAACUCACAAGAGUAUCUGAAGUACCAGCAUUGCCUGCCAAAGUGCCUGCAAAAACCUCAAGAAAUCCUGGCCAGGUUCCUGUUGUCCCUAAGCAAAGUGAGAAUCGUGAUGAGCACCAGCUAAUCCAAGAAACAAAACUUAGAAAACCUACAAAACUCACAAGAGUAUCUGAAGUACCAGCAUUGCCUGCCAAAGUGCCUGCAAAAACCUCAAGAAAUCCUGGCCAGGUUCCUGUUGUCCCUAAGCAAAGUGAGAAUCGUGAUGAGCACCAGCUAAUCCAAGAAACAAAACUUACAAAACCUACAAAACCAGCAGUAUUACCUGCCAAAUUACUUCCAGUAACCUCAGAAGAUUUUGGCCAGGUUCCUGUGUAUAUGAAAGGCCGCUUAACGUGUGAACAGAUCAAUGCAGUUAUUAAAGACAUAAACAAAGCAGUGAUGAUCAAAUACAAGAUCCGCAAUCAGUCUCCAAGAUCUCUGAGUGCACCAAACAGAAACCUGUACUACAGGUACAUGAAAGAAGAAACUGAGGCUACAGAAGGUUGUUCUUUUAUUGUGGAGGAGGAUAUCAAAUUGUUCACCUGCCUGAAGACAGAUAAGCGCUUCUAUCAGGUCAUCACCAUCCUGCGCCACUGUCGAAGAUUGAAAGAAGUCCGUACCACAGGAGUUACCCGCUAUCUCAUCUGCUAACGUGCUUCCCGUACUCGGCUUACCCCAGAUAUAGAUGGCAGCAGUGUUUUGAGAUACAGAGAGAGUUUUGUUGUCUGCAGAAAGAUUCCAUGUAGGGGCAUUAAUGUCCAGAUCUCGUAUUUUCCGGAAGGUAGUGUUUUCCUUAAAGUGUUUUUCAGACAUGGUAAAUCAGGACAGGCAAUCUCAAAUGGCCUCAAAGUAUCUGAUUUUUGUUUUGAAAACUUGAGAGGGAGCUCAUGUCUUUCGGUAAAUUACAUUUGCAAACCAGAGAUGUGAUUGGCUCAGCUGUGGUCACAGGCAGUUUUAAUCACAUUUUCAGGUCAGCGCUUGGAAGUUAAUAUCCUCUGCAUGGUCAUGGUGUUCCUUUUGUGUUUAUGAGUUAGAAAGUGUGUCCAAAGCUCUGCAGCUAUUCAAAGGAAGCAUUUGAUCCUGGGGUUUUUUAAAAUCCUUCAAACCAAUUUCCAGAUUUUCUGUUUUUAAUCCUUCUGAUCCUAAUUGUAUGUUUUGGACCAUCCAUCACUUGAACAGGAACAUCUGAGGCCUUUUAAGCUUUAACAGGUAUUUCUGUGCCGGGUAGUUUCUGUGGGCCAUGUGGGUUUCAUACUUAUGAAUAAAAAAAAGGCAAUCAGUUUUUUCCCUCAGACCAGCCUCUUAGACCGAAACUAGAGCAGUGGGUGUUUUUAAGCAAAAAAGUCGACGUUCACUUCGAGAAUAGGGUCAAACUUGUCAGGUUUUGUUAUAGAAGGUUGUUUUUAAAUACCUAGGAGUUUAGUGAGUCCCAGAAUAAAAUUGUGAUAGGUAUUAACUCUGCAAGUUGAUUAAAAAAAAAAAAAAAAUCAAAGCUGUCUUAAUGAGAAAAUCUGUGAUCCUUUUCGUCUGUGAGCCUGUAUCUGCUUUUACCCUAUCAUCUGAUCUAAAAUAUCUGCUCUUUUACCUCGUGAAGAUGGCAAUGUGCUAAAAAAGAUAAAAAUUAAAAUUUGAAGUUUGUUAAUAAAGAUAUCCCAAUAACUGCAA